AUGGACGAUCGCUUCACCGAUUUGAACCCUAAAACGUGUGUGGUUUUAGGCGGAAGAGGAUUCAUAGGAAAAUCGUUGGUUUUGCGACUGUUGAAACUCGGUAAUUGGAUCGUCCGAGUUGCCGAUUCCACUCACUCACUCCAACUUCACCACUCCGAGUCACUCCUCGCCGAAGCUCUCUCUUCUUCCCGCGCUUCGUACUUCCAUCUCGACAUUACCGAUAAACACCGUGUCGCCAAAGUUCUUGAAGGUUCUUCCGUUGUUUUUUAUAUGGAUGUUGAUGGCAUCAGUUAUGACAAUGAUUUCUACAGCUGCUAUAAGCUGAUAGUUCAAGGUGCGAAGAAUGUGAUUAAUGCUUGCAGAGAAUGUAAAGUGAAGCGUCUGAUAUACAACAGUUCUGCAGAUGUUGUGUUUGAUGAUUUGCAUAAUGGAGUUAAAUCGUCGGCAUAUCAGUGGAAAGUUGAUGACAUGUUAAUAGACCUUAAGGCUCAUGCAGAAGCCUUGGUCUUGGAUGCCAAUGAUAUUGAUGGAGUGUUGACAUGCUCACUUCGUCCUAGUAAUGUCUUUGGUCCUGGUGACACAGAACUUGUGCCAUAUUUUCUCAAGUUAGCAAGAUAUGGUUUCACAAAGUUUAUUAUAGGGAAUGGUGAUAAUCUGUCAGACUUCACCUUUUAUGAGAAUGUUGCUCAUGCCCAUAUCUGUGCAGAAGAAGCCUUAAAUUUCCAAACAGUUUCUGUGGCUGGAAAGGCAUUUUUUAUCACGAAUCUUGAGCCUAAGAAGUUUAGGGAAUUUCUCUCACUUUUAUUGGAAGGUCUUGGAUACCAAAGGUAUGAAUUGGAACUUGUUUUUGUAAUGAUGACAUAA